UCCACUUGAGUUCAGCUGUGAUUUCGGUAUAAAUGACUAAGAAUAACUAAAUAAGUUAACUGAUAUCACUUUUGAUAUAAACACAGCACAAAAUUGUUAUCAAUGUACUUCUUAAUCAAUGUUCCGUUUGGAAUCAUUUAAUAACUGUGUUUGAAUGUGCGGAAUACUAAAGACAAAAAUGGCGACUUCAAAUACUUCAAUAGAGCAAUGGAAAAGAACCGUAGACGACAAGCUGUGCACUAUAGAAGCACAAGUUAAAGAAAUAAACAAAAAGGUUGAAAUAUUACUGAAAACUGCAAGAGUGCCAAAACACAGAACGAGCCUUCCAGCUACGCGAAAACCUUUGUCCUUUUGCGACCUUGACAUCAGGCAGCUGCAACACCUUCAACAAGCUAUCAAAGUAAAUCUGUGCACGUUUGUGGAUGAUUUGUCACUAGAGGGAGGAGAGGUCCUAGACAGAUUAGUUGAAGAAAGUUGCAUAAACGAUGAAGAGUACCACAGUAUUAGAUCUCGGUCGACACCAAAGGAUAAGUGUAGGUUAUUGAUGGUCAAAAUAAAGAACAAAGCACCUCAUGUUAUUCUACAGUUUCUAAAUGUUUUAAAAGAGGAGACUUUAAAUGCUCACAUUGUGAAAAAGGUAAAUGAAUCUCUUGAACAGAUUUCAAAAACGAAAGCCACCAGGAAGUGUUUGAUCUGCAUCAUGAAAGCUACAGUAGACAUAAGAGAUAUUGCAGAUGAACUUCUCAGCAAAGAAAUGAUACAGGAUGAUCUGUAUGAAAAGAUAGUACAAGCUGAGAGCCCACAUAAUUUAUGUCCUCAAUUUUGGGAAUGUAUUAUUGAACACAUUAAGGAGUCAUCAGAUCAGCGGAAAGAUAUUGAAGACUUAAAGGAUUGUCUGAACAAGCAAUAUUCUCAUAUAGCCUCCUGUCUAGCAGACGUAGAAUGCCAUACGAUACUACAAUGCUGCUUCUGUACAUAUCAUAGGCGCAACAAGGGUACGAGGCAAAGAGAAAGCUUCUUCGAAACUGACACUGAUAUGAGUACGACAUCAGAAAGACCAGAGCUUAGUGACACUGACAGUUUACUGUCAUCGUUCCACAGCUUCCAUGAAGAGGCGGAAGUAUUUAAAAGGCCGACAGGAAUAAGGGCUACAGACAGAUUAAAUUUAAGAAGUAAGAAAAUACAAGAGAUUAAUCACUUCCUGAAACACGACUAUAAUCUAAACGAAAUGUUAAACGAUGCUGAAAAAACUGCUGUGAAAAGAACGGAUUCACGUAAAAAUAGAGGAGUCCUUUCUGACAUUGAAGAAGUAACUGAUGAAAUUACGAGUCCAACACAAAGCACGUGGCUUUGAAGAGGUUCGACAUAAAAAGGUUCAAGAAAGUAGUUCAAAAGUGUCAAACUGAAAAGAAAGGGCAUCACCAAAUGCACUAGCAAUAUUAAAGAGAUCAAUUGAAUUCAUGUCUUUUGAUAUAAACGAAAACUUCCCCAGACUGACGAAAAAGGUCAAAAUUGUACACGUGUCGUAUCAUACAGAGAUACAUCUGCAAAAUUGGAAAAGCACAAAGUGAUAGAAGUGAAAUAUAACUUGAUUGAUUCAAUGAACAAUUGAUAUAUUAGAUGUAGUGGAUCACAUUCAGACUUUCGCUCUGGAAAAUGGCCCGACGAUUACGAUAAUACUGGGUCACCCAAGGCAACAUCGAGACUCGGUAUCAGUAAACUUUCUAGCGAACUUGAAUCUCAAGUGAAAACUAUUAAACAUAUUUACACAAAAGUCUUCAAAACCCCUGUAUGCGAUUGCUAUACAUAAACUGGUUAAUGAUUUCAGUGCACUUUUAUAUGCAAAAAAUCACUUAUGGUUUUCGAGUAGUUGUAUCAUAUAGAUCAAUUGCACGAAGACUAUGUUUUCUUUACAAAACAAGUACUUUAAAGAUGAUCCUUUUUAGAAGUUUUCCUGUUGAACAUUUUUGGGGAUGAUGCAUAAAACGAAGCUGAUCUA